AUGUCAAAAUCUUUGUUUAGCAGCCUCCUGGCUGCAUUUGCGGUCCUUCAAGCCUCUGCUUCCGUCACCAUUCGAAAAACUGGCCGAGGCCCGACAGGCUAUGAAGUGGACUUCAAGUACACAAACACCACGGCCAGUCGUGUGCUGAUUGGCGGCGGUAUUCAGCCUUUCACAGACCAAUUUCAUACCACGCUGGAAACAAAUGGCAUGUACGAUCCGCACACGUACCAACCGGGAGACUUUUAUGUCAAAUCCCGCCCAGCUGUUAAUUUCGAGUGGCCUUACGAAAUGACAGUUGAUAAAAAAGGCGUCUGGUCUUAUACCACACCACUCCCCUCAGGCGUCUACAGCUUCGCCUACCUGGUCGAUUGCGACUACGUGUUGAACUGUACCGUGGAUACCGGCAAGCUCGUUCUAGACCCGGACCUACCUCCUUUCCAGAACGUGCAGGGCGAUCAAGUCUCAUCCACCUUCCAAGUGCCCUUUGACGCAGAGUUCCAGACGGGGGACCCAUGUGGCAACUUUGACUAUGCGCUCCCUGCCGCACCUGAGCACCGCGGUACCAUUUUCACUGUCAAUUAUACUUCGCCAGGAUCUAUACAUCCGGCUCCGGAUGUCCACGACUUUACUAUUUACCUGCCGGCUGAAUACGGUCGCCUGCAAGACAAGAAGUACCCGUUAUUAUACAUCUCGCAUGGUGCCAACGGCAACGGCGCUGAGUGGGAGAACCUGGGGCGCGUUAGUUCCAUUCUCGACAAUCUAAUCGCUGAGGGCCAUAUAGCACCGACUGUCGCCGUGAUGCCGUCUUUCUACAACCUUGAUGAUACGUUACCACGCUUCGUUUACGGCAACUCGCAGAUAGUGCCUGCACCUUAUCCCCACCACGUCCGCGAAAAUUAUCAGCGAUACUUGUUCCCUUGGGUUGAAGAGCAUUUCGACGUCUGCCGAGAACCCUCUUGCCGCGCCUUCUCAGGCUUGUCGCUAGGCGGCCUUUUGACAUAUGAGAUGUUAGUCAACGCGACUGAUUAUUUCGAAUACUACGGCUUUUUUUCGCCCGCCACAAUCGCGCCUUAUUAUGACGCCCCCUCAAUGGCGGAGAAUUUGUCGCUAGUCAAGAAGGGUGUGUUUGUUGCCUGCGGACUCUACGACACCCUCCUUACCGCAGCCUUGGACCUACAACAUGCCUUCAAUGAAAUGGGGAUGAACUCCAUUUCAAGAAUCUCACCAUUCGGCAGCCACUAUUGGAACACGUGGCAAGACAACUUAUGGUGGUUUGGUAUCAAGGCUUUGUGGCAGCCAAUCCCGUUUACAGUAGAGUCAGGCCGUAUUAAACCGUCCACAACUGCUCCUAACCACACCUUGUGCCUGCAUUAG